UUUCAUUCUGCUUUGCGCUUUGAGCGGACGCACCACCGUGUCACUGUCCGCUACUUCAUCUCAGCCGAACCGGUUUUCAUAUUUCAUCUUCAGUCAUAUCAUUGUACUCCUUCUAUUCUGCGUGUCCCUCAACAUUAGUUUGCACGGUUAACGUGCGUUAACAUCAGGAUCUAUGGCGCUUAAUGGAUAUAUAUUGACCGCGCUGUGCGCACUUUGGGCAGGGAUCUUCGCUCAGGAUAACAAAAUACCGUCUGCCAGAGAGUGUCCUGUGGACUUGUUCUUCGUGUUGGACACAUCUGAAAGUGUGGCCCUCAGAUCCAAACCACCAGAGUUUUACAUCAGCCAGAUCAAGUCCUUCACUAAGCUGUUCAUCGAUCAGCUGGAAGACCAACCACAACCAUGUAGUCGCGAUUUGACUUGGAACUCUGGAGCGCUGCACUACAGUGACGACAUCGAGCUGGUUAGUGGGUUAGUUGACCUGAAAGAAAAACGUUCUGAGCUGAAGGCUGCUAUAGACAGAAUCAGUUACAUCGGCAAAGGAACGUACACUGACUGUGCCAUCAAGGAGGGUAUCGCUGAGCUAAUCAAAGCGGGUUCCCAUUAUCAUGAGAAUAAGUACAUUGUGGUUGUCACGGAUGGUCACCCUUUGACUGGCUACAAGGAGCCAUGUGGUGGGAUCCAGGAGGCUACCAAUGAGGCACGACAACACGCUAUCAAAGUGUUCGCUGUGGCCAUCUCACCUGACCAGGAGGACACCAGACUCUCUAUCAUUGCCACAGAUAUAAACUACAGACAGAACUUCACUGCUGCAGACAGCACCCGCUCCUCUCACUCGACCACUAUAGACACCAUCAUCGGCAUGAUUACAAAUGAAACAAAGGAUGUGUGCUGCUCCUUUGAGUGCCACGCCCCUGAUGGCGUUCCGGGACCACCUGGUGACCCAGGACAAAGAGGAGAGGCUGGAAGACCAGGCAUGCCAGGAGAGAAAGGAGAUUAUGGACCUCCGGGACGUACUGGUGAUCCCGGUCCAGUCGGUUACCGAGGAAUGAAGGGAGACCAAGGAAUAAAAGGUUAUAAGGGAGAUAGAGGUCAUAAAGGUUUCAAGGGAGACAAAGGUCAUCAUGGUCUUGAUGGUGUCGAUGGACGUAAAGGUGAGCCGGGAUUCCCAGGCUUUCCAGGCUGCAAAGGGUCACCAGGGCCAAAUGGCUUGCAAGGAGAUCCAGGUCCUAAAGGAGAUCCCGGGCAAUAUGGACCCAAAGGACAAAGAGGAGAUCCUGGCAGAGACGGUGAACCCGGAAGACCUGGAAACUAUGGGGUUUCAGGGGUGAAGGGAGAAAGGGGUCCUCGUGGUCCCAAUGGCGAUAAAGGGGAGAGAGGAGAUGACGGUCUACCAGGACCAGAUGGCCCAAGAGGAGAAAGAGGUACACCUGGUGAGAAAGGUGAACAAGGUUCCCGUGGUAACAGAGGGCCCAGAGGCGACCCUGGUGAACCUGGGCCCCGGGGUGAACAAGGACGUGAGGGAUCAGCAGGGCCAAAUGGAGAGCCGGGCGAGAUAGGAAGGACAGGGGCACCAGGUUACCGUGGCGAUGAAGGUCCUACUGGGCCAGAGGGAGGAAAAGGGCCCAGAGGAAUCAAAGGGGCCCCAGGAGACAGAGGCCUGAUGGGAGAGAGGGGUGAAGAUGGACCACCAGGAAAUGGAACCGUGGGUUGCCAUGGCUUCCAGGGUUAUCCUGGGCCCAGGGGAGAUCCAGGAUCACCUGGUGGAAAAGGAACCCCUGGACCCAAGGGAGAUGAUGGAGAGCCAGGUGAACCUGGAUCAGAUAAUAACAGACCAGGACCAGAUGGGCCUAGAGGACCCAAAGGUCACAGAGGACCGGAAGGAAGACUUGGACCAAAAGGAGAACCUGGGCCUCCAGGAACUGAUGAAUGUGAGAUUCUGGAUAUCAUCAGGAAGAUGUGCUCUUGCUGUGAAUGCAAAUGUGGACCACUGGACAUUGCCUUCAUUGUGGACAGCUCUGAGAGUAUUGGAGCUACUAACUUUGCCCUCGCUAAAGACUUCAUUGUGACGUUAAUGGACAGGCUCAAGUUAAGACAGUUUGGUGCUAAUGAGUCUCGGAUUGGUGUGGUGCAGUACAGUGGUCCUAAUGCUCAGGAGGUCGUAAAGCUUGGUGACCCCAACAUUACAACCCUGACAGACCUAAAACAAGCUGUGAAAGAGUUGCGCUGGCUGGCUGAAGCCACGUACACUGGAGAAGCUCUGCAGUACUCGCUAAACAACUUGAUUAACAAGCUUGUGACGGACAAGAGCGUGAUCAUUGUUCUUACUGAUGGUCGCUCCGACACCAUAAGGGACGAUGUGCCCGUAGACGUGCUGUGUGGCAAGGGACUGAAGGUUGGAGGCGUUGGAGUGGUGGAUUAUGCAGAAAGGAAGGCCAAUAGAGAGCAGGUUAAUCAGGUUAUGUGUGAAGCUGAUCCCAGAAAAGGCUUCUCCUUUGUCCUAGACAACUUUGGUCUUCUUUUGGAUGACAGUUUCCUGCAAAACCUGACUAAGGAAAUCUGUAAAGAAAAGAAGUGUCCCAACUAUACUUGUCCACUUGCAUUUAAUAAUGACACUGAUAUCCUCAUCAUGAUGGACAGCUCGGCCAGUGUGGGCAAAGAGAACUUUGAGUUGACCAAGGACUUCACAAAAAUGCUGGCUGAACGCUUUUUGACAGAAGGAGGAGAAAAGUUCCAGAUCACUGUUGGUGUUGGCCAGUACAGCAACGAUGCCAACAUGGAGGCCGAAUUUGACUUCGAUCCCGACAAGGUGGUUGCUCGAAUCGCAGAAGCCAAGUACCAGGGUGGAGGUACUAAUAUAAAAACAGCUCUAGACUACGCCAUUGGUAGAUUGAGAACCGGUAGGGGAUUGAAUAAAAAGCUGCUGGUGUUUUCGGAUGGUCGUUCACAAGGCGUCGACAACAACGACAUAGAAAAUGUCGUGAAGCGGGUGAGCAAUGCUGGCAUUGAGCUGUUUGUGCUGUCCGUUCGCAACCAUGUAAACGAGACACACCUGCGCACCUUGGUGAGCCGAGGCCUUUCCUAUGACUACACGUAUGCCAACAACCACCUUUUCAAAAGAGCCGACUACCACUCAUUGCUUACUGGGGUCUUUUACCAAUCUGUAUCCCGCAAGAUUUCCCUGGGUUAGAGGAGGUGAUUGUGUAGUGGGAGGGGUUCAGGAAUAAAGGGGGUGGGCGGCAGUAUAGUACAAGCUGUAAUUGUUUUAGUUUUUUGUCUAUUUUUCAUGUGAAUGAUAUAUCUGAACUCAAAAGGUUUUUCAUAGUCUCUGUUUCAUUUCAUAAAAGACAAUAAAUGAUUGUGUCAGAAUUCUUAAAAAAUACCUAUUUUUUAUGUCACUUACUUGUUUGUAAAGUAAAGGGACCAUUCAAGCCAUUUCACAGCUUACAUCAAAUUGAAGGAUUGGUUCUAGUGCUUUGACUAUAUGACUGUAUUUAGUUUGCUGUACCUGACUGCCAGAAAUGAGCAUUAAAUAAUAUAUCCAUUGUUGAAGGCAUGAAUUUUUAUUUUUUGUAACUGGUCAGGAGCUGAAAUCAUCUAUUAAAAUGCAUUAAAUCAAUCAAUCUAGCUAUCCAUCUAUCUGUCUGUCUGUCUAUCUAUCUAACUUUGACAGUAUGUGUGUGUGUGUAUAUAUAUAUAUAUAUAUAUAUAUAUAUAUACAUACAUACUGUAAAAUACUCUGAAAUAAAAAAGAAUUGGCAUUUGUUUUUGACCCUGUUGCAACCAAGUCCUAACAGUUCUUUAUCUGUAUUAGCCUGUGGUACACUUAAUUUUUAGCACUAAAAAUAAAACUUGAAUAUAAAUUUGGUGCUACCAAUGUCAACACUACACUAGCUCCUUUAGUUAUUCAAUACAUUGCAGGUUUCUUCAAAAUUGUUCUCCAAGAGUUACCAAUAGCUUUCUUGUGUACAAAAUGUAUCUGAGACCAGCCUCAAGGCUACUGUAAAGGUAUUUGAAAUAAAGGAUGCUACACCCCACCA